GACGGGCCUCUUUUUUGAACGGAGUCCGAAUAGUUUUAGACGGGUUACAUCAGGACGGACCACUUUAAUAAUAACAUACCUGUAAUUUUAUAAUUGUAUUGAAAACAAAAUACUUUUCCGUUUUGCAUGUGAUUUUUCGUUUUGAUAUCAUUGUCAUCAGACUAAUAUACACAAAAUGUCUCCGGGACAGAGUUCGAACGUGUUGUGCAUAAUUUUAUCCAUUUCAUCAGUUCUUGCCGUGGAAAUGACAGUAGACAAAUCUGGUAAAUGCCGUCAUACUGAAACUAUUUUUAACUGCAGCGGUAUUGGUCUUUUUGACAUACCAGCUGCUGAAGAAAUUCCAAUUCAAAUAGAAACACUAGAUGUUUCUAACAACCAUAUAAGGAAUAUAUCUUUAAUAAAUCGACAUACCUUGGGCAAAUCACUUUCAUCGUUAAACUUGUCAAAUAAUCAUGUCUCUGUGAUACAAGAGAACACAUUCAAUGAUUUUACACACCUCGUGUUCCUUGAUCUCUCAAACAAUCUCAUUUCCGGUCGCAGUCUAAAUGACAUGGUUUUCACGGAUUUAAGAAAAUUACUACACUUAAUACUGAGGGGCAAUCCUUUGAGGCUGGUGCAGAAGGACACAUUUAGUUUCAUGGAGCUGCCCGAACUCGCGCAUUUAGACUUGUCUCAUUGUGGAAUAAGUGAACUUGAAAUAGACUCGUUUGAUGUUCGUUCUCUGGAAUACCUCGAUCUCAGCUGGAACCAACUACAGACGUUUAAGAAGGGAGCAUUCCGAAUGUUGCCUGCUCUAAAGAUUUUGGACUUAAGUCACAAUAGAAUAUCUGUAUUGAAUGAAAUACCGUACAUGCCAGAGCUGGUCACUUGGAUACUUGAUAGUAACGGGAUGGAAACGAUCGAAAUAAGAGAUGAUGUUGAGGACUACGCAGAUAACUUGCAGGAACUAUAUCUUAGGGACAACGAUAUACUGCGGUUCAAUGAGGACAGUUUACCGCUAAAACUAGAUGACCUUAAGGUGGUUGACAUGUCAAAUAACAGACUUCACUGCGACUGUAGAAUGCGGUGGAUAGUAUCUAGAGACAACGACUUUCAGAAGAAAAACUACACAUUCACAUGUUCCUAUCCGUCAAAGGUCAGCGGCCGAAAUCUGAUAACAUUGGCACCAGAAGAGUUGACAUGUGGCACCCCUCUAGUGAAAAUUCUAUUCGUCGUUUUGUUAUGUGUUCUUGUUGUUAUAGCAUUCUCUGGCUUGGUGUUUUUCGUCAUACGAAAUCGUCGGCGUCGAAAGAGGCGAAAGAGGGCAGCCAGGGGAGAUGACGGAGGUGAUUAUGUGAUAGUUUAUUCUCGUGAUGAUGAUGAUGAUGAUACUAGGGUAACAAUGUCAGAUAACAAACAAUUACUUAAAACUGAUAUAAACAGAGAAUUUGACGUUUAAUGGUUGAAUGUUAUGUAAAGUUGUUGUUUUUUAUUCAAAUUACAUGACAAUAAACAUUUCCAUUUGCAAAAAUACUAGGAUGUUUUUAAUUGCGUGGAGACCGGAGCUUUGUUUUCUUUCCCCUUUUUCACUGUUUUAAUUAUCCCCCGCCGAUGAAAUCGGGAGGGGGUAUUGAAAUGGCGUUGUCCGUCCGUCACGUCCGUGCGUCCGGACGUCCGUCCGUCCGUCCGCAGCCA